CCAUGAUGGACGCGUUGCGCGCACAGAAGCAGAAGCUGCUGGACCCGGAGAGUGGCCAGCCGACGGAAGGAUCGCCCGGACCAAAUAACAGCUUCUGGCUGUGCCCGAGUCUGUCGUACCAGGAGCGUGUGAUCGGCUGCGUCACAUGCUUCUUGUUGGGCUUCUUGCUGUCGUUAGGCUCGACCUUCCGACUGGCUAAACUGGCGCAUGGUAAUCCGGCUCCAUUCGCUAUUGCGUACACUAUCGGCAACAUUCUGUCCAUCUGCUGCACGACCUUUUUCGUGGGACCAUGGAAACAGAUACAAACCAUGUUCCACUCCAAGCGUCGCUACUCGGCCGUUGUCUACGUCGUCUUCAUCUUCGUGACGCUGCUACUGUGCUUCUCACAUCACGUGCACCAUCGACUGUUCUUCGUGCUGAUCUCGGUGAUUAUUCAGUUCAUGGCACUCGUCUGGUACACACUUUCGUACGUCCCCUACGGUCGCAGCAUUGCUAAGAGCUGCUGCAAACGCACACUCGGCUUGGCUUCUGACGACGACGUGUAAGCCAAACCGAUAUUAACGAUGA